UUAUUCAUUAGUUUAGUCAUGAAGAAAUAUUCCAUGAGUAAACUACCAAUACCGCUGCCUCAACUUGCAAAGUUGAAAAAAGCAGAAGGCGGAAAGAAAAAAAAGACAGUUUCUUUCGCUGGUGAUUUUGAGCCUCAAACUCUCAAAAAAAAUGAUAAUGACGCCAACAAAAGUCGUGUCAACAGCGUUAUGAAAGCAAUGUCACGACAGUCACAUAACCACGCUCCAGAUGAUCUUGAAUCAUCGAGCAAUGAUUCUAAUGAAGAAGAUACCACGACAGUUCCGGUGGAUGAGAUUGCUCGCCCAGCAUCACCUCCAACAAGAAAGGCAGAUCAGGAGUACCUAGAAUACAACCUGUUUACGGGACCUCAUUCCACCGCUACUGAGACCCUAGCAAUACUAAAGUGGCAGAAGUAUCUCCGGACAAAACAAGAAAUCCGGAUAGAUCUCAACAAGAUAUUGACAAAAUGUCAAACUUACUUUGGUAAUGUCGGUGUAGGGUUCAAUUACAAUAUUGGUGACGAAAACUACGUGAGACGAGAGUUGGGGGAAAGCUGGAGAGAACGGCGAAAAACGGGAGUUAUUUGCGCUGACACUGAGCAAGAUCAAUUUGUAAUAGAUCAGGAGGUCGCCAUCGUUGAUAUGUCCCCGGAUAGACAGGCAAUGGAUGAAGUUUCUCGAGAUGCAAAGAAGAUUGCUCACAGGGGCAACAUGAAUAUGAUGAUAUCUGAGUACAAACGAAGGAUGGUUAAAAGAGUCACGGGACUAGAAGAGCUUGAAAAAUGGAUAGUGACCUUGUCAGAGAACGUUGAAGAAGAAAGCUUGGAAGAAUUGGAGGAUUUCAUCGAUAAUUCCUACGAAGAAUUUACGAAAGGAAGAUACGAAGCUAAAGCGAUGGUAAAACAAAUGAGAAGGCUCCUGAGAAAAAUGGGAGAGAAACACCGCAUGCUGCAAAACAGGAUGAAAGUGACAAGCAAACUGAAAGAACGAGCAGCAAUGGCAAACAAGAACCUAAAAAUAGACUACACCAGCGUUCAAACCGUUAAUCAGAGUUUCGAACAGAUCAUAAACCGUCAACUUGUCCUGAUGUCUGCAACAAAAAAGAUGUCACGUGAAUGUGGGGAGAACGAUGAAAAGCUCCGGAAGAUUCAGCAACACAUGAUGAGAUGUGCGAAGGAGCUGAGUGACGAUAAGGAGGCACUGUUCCACAAGAACCACAUCCUCAGUGUGGAGAGUCAGAAACUUAACGAUAGAUGUAAGAUAGCAGAGGAACAGCUUGAGUUCUAUGAGAACAAGGUUGGUCUGGAGAAACACCAAGCCACAACCGAAGCUGGCAAGACCGUGGACAUUCUAACUCAGGAAAUAGAACAACUUAUGUCAGCGAAUGAAACAAUGGUGCAAGAAGAGAAAGCACUGAAGAACGAAGUGGUGGACCUGCACGACCAAGUGUUGGUGCACGAAGUAACGAAUGGGGACUUGAGGAAAGAGAUUGUGGACCUUAAGGAAAAACUUGAGAAUAUGGAGUUCAUGAUGAAUGAGGAGAAAAGCAAGUUCAUGACUGUGGAAGAGGAAUGUACUUUACUUCAAGAAGAGAACUUAGCGCUGCGUGUAGCGAACAGCACUAAACCGGAAGUAGCCCACAAGACAGUGAGUAUCCAGUCCCUGGAGAGUAUCCCCACAUCCCUCUCAACUGUCAGCGAUACAACACCCCAACAAGAUGCGGAGGUUGUUUAUGUGGACAGGGUCGUGGAGAACUACGAUGCUGAAACUGAUACGGAUGAUUUAAACGUAGAAAUGGGCUUGACAGCAGAAAUUGGAAUGACAACAGAUACUGUUGAAUUUGCUGAGGACAAGAAAAGAGGACUGACAAAUCCUUUCGAGACAGACCUACUUGCAGGAAACAUGAACUUCUUACAAAACGUCAAAUUAGGGAAAGAAAGGAAAUCCCAGCCGGACCACAGUGACGGUAACAGCUAUGUAGCAGAGAAGAGGAGGGUGCUGGAUACUCCAGGUUACACUCAGAUGAUAGUUAACCGGUUGAAGGAGGAACGACAGAACGAUACGAAGAGGAUGUCGGACUAUAUUCAUCGAGAAAGAGUGAGGACCGACGCGACCACGACAAAGUUGAAACAUGAAAACAAGAGAGUUUUGAAAAGGCUCAAAAUGGAUAUGAGAGCGAUGUUGCUAGCGAUACUGAGACACCGCAACAAGAUAGUUGAGCUAUUCCACAAAGGCGGAAUAGAACUAGAGGGACUCAUUAAUCCAACUAUAGCAGAGAUAAAGGGUGACAAGAGCGAUAAAACAUCGGUCUCGUUGAAGCACACAGCUGUUGAGGUUAUAAACAGUCUCGACUACAAUUUGUGUAUUGGACUCAAGGAGAUGCAUUUGAAAAUAAAGGAAACUGUCGAGAAUCAGAAGAAAACAGAGAAAAAGCUGGUAGUAAAGAAUAAGAAGCUGGAGAAGAACAGCAAGGCAGUGGAGACUUUGGAGUCCAGGAUGCUGCAGCUGAAACGGGACACGGAGAGACUGAAGUACAGAGAACACUUCACCAAUGAGAGGUAUAGAGAGCUCCUGAAGAGGGAGGAGGACUUGGAGCGGGCUGAGGAGGCUCAUGUUGACAGGAUUGAACAACGACUCAGCGAUAUGUGGACUAAAUCGACCACGGAAAUAAAAGAUGGUCUGGACGAAAUCCUGCAAAUAAAGCAACCGGAGGCUAUGGCAAACAAACGCCUGAGAAGAAUGUCCCGACCCCACCGACCCAAAGAUCGAAUGACCAAAACGAUCGAGGUUGAUGCCAUGGAAACUGUGGACGAGAAAUCUUCUUUGUCAAUGUCAGUGUUGGAAACAGCGAUUUCAGAGGAGGAAUCCUCUUCAGAAAAUUAUGAAGAAGAAGAUGAGGAGAUGCCUGAGCUGAACCUGCAGCUGAAGAUAGACACUACGCAACAACAACAGCAGAGUUACCUGCAACAGCAGACAGGCGCGGUUAACAACGCGAAUGAGCCUGAGGCAAUAUCAGGUCGACCUCACCAGCGACAAAGGGCAAAUACACAAGGGCUCCAACAACCAUUUGCCUAAAAGUGAAAGUGAGUGGACAGAAAGGAAAGCGGAAGAACUCAAAAAGUAUAUUGAGGACUUUGAAACUGUCA